AUGGCUGAAGUAGACGGUGACCCGGAACGAAAGGGUCCAACAAUUGCGACUUCAGCCAACCAGUGCCUUCAAUCUUUUCAAAAAUGUCUCAUAUCUGCGUCUUCAAUCAACCCUAGAGAACUGUCAAUGAUAGAGGAUCAGGUAGCCAGAUUCUCCAGCUGGGCUGCUAGUAUUGGAGUAUUUGCCCCAGGUUCAGCAUCCAUGGAUCAUCGAUUGCGAUAUGCGCCCGAGGUUCAUAGUGUUGUGACCGGGUUACUUGAGUCUUUAAACUAUCAAUGUCAAGAAUGCUUAAGUAUACUCACCACUCUUGUAAAAUCAUUAGAGGCAGGCGAGCGAUAUGUUCCCUCCGAGAACUUUCCAAAAUCGCUUAACGAGAUCGCGGCUGAGAUAAGUCGCCUCAAUAAGAUCUCGAACACUAUUCGUCGUGCCAGCAAAGAUACACAGGCUCUAACAGCCAGCAAGUUCCAUGUCAAGGAUGAUGAAGGAAACAAUGUCGAGGAGACUCUUCUGGACAAUUUCAAGCGUCACAUCAAUGAUCGAUUUCCCAAUCUAGGCGAGACUCUCCAAGAAAGGCUGGCUCGAACGAUGCUUCUUCGGAGAAAACAGAUCCUUUACAGAAGAUUCCGCCACGGCAAUGUAUACACCAAAACCCAGGAUACUAUCCCUGCCGUUUCAAUCAAGUUUCCAUCCGCGAAGCCUGUCGGUUCUCUCGCGGAGUCCAGGCCAAAACAGCCAAAGACUAGUAGCACUGUCUCAAAACCAGCCACCGCCACCCCGUCACAAAUCAAGAGUGCGACAACACUAGCUCCGGAAAAGUUCAGAAUUGCCGCCUCAACCCCUUCAGUCAUCUCUGUAAGUAAGACAAUUGCUUUCGACAGUCACGAGAGCCUUGCCUUUCCUCCGGCGCCUGGUCACGCUGUAAAGAAGCGGUAUGAACAGCUGAAGAAUCAAAGACUGGCUGAGUACGAGCAAAGCUUGAAUUCUAAAAAAGGCGCUGCCAGCAACAAGCCGACGGUACAGGAAUUACUGGUAAAUGAUCUGCAAAGCCUCGGGGAGAUUACAUGCCCAUACUGUCUUUGCGCACUACCAGCUGAGGAAGCUUUUGAUGAGACUAAGUGGCAAAAUCACAUUAAGAAUGAUCUGGAUCCAUAUGUCUGUCUUUUUGAAGACUGUGACCAACAAGAAGCAUUGUACAACCAUAGCGAUCAAUGGUUGAGCCACUUGCAACAGCAUCGCAGAUUUUGGCGUUGCCCGUCUCACCAUGACUCGGAGCCAUUCCCUUCUGCCAAUGACUACAUAGCCCAUAUGCGGGAGGUUCAUACGAGCAAAUUAAGCGACAAACAACUUCGGGCCAUGGCGAAUAAAAAUAGCCGUAAAAUGAAACAGCUAUUUUCUUCAUGUCCCCUUUGCGGGAAAGAAGAAUCUGACAUAAACAGUCGUCUGGAAGAUCAUCUUGCUGGACAUUUGCGCUCGCUUGCCCUCAAGUCUCUACCAAGCUACCACGAAAACGCACCUGAGGAUAAUGAGGAUGGCAACAACAGCAUAGACGUAUCCAGACCCAAAAGCAGAAGCACGGUGAAGGAUCUGAGGGAAGACGAAGACUAUGUGCCAUCGCACCUGUUUACUUCUGAAGACUUUUGGGACCAAUGGAGACCACCUUUGAUUCAAGCUCCAUGGUGGAACUUUUUGGAUCAGGCCUAUGAGGAUCUUGAUCUGACAGUCGAUAAUGACAGUCUAUUCUUCGACACCUACUCCUUCCGAGAUCUGCCCAGUACUUUUCACAAUGACAGUAUCAUACAGCACAUCAUGCAAAAUCAAGAAAAUCAACGCAAAGUUGGCCAAACCGAACACACCAAGGAUCGGAACGUUGAAGAGGCCGAGAGAACAUCAUCGCUCAUUGAAACUUUCCUCAGACAGCCCCCAGAUACUAUCGAUAUCUCGGGAUCAGCUAGAGCCAAAGCCACUAAAGAGAUGCCAUCACCAACACUUUCACUGUCAUCAUUGAACUCAAAUGCGCAAGAGACCAGUGGAGCAGAAACAAUCCCGAUCAUGACAAGAGCUUCAUCAUUCCAUGCUUCGCCACAUAGUGUUGUCGUAGAAUCUUCAGAACCGUAUCAGAUAGAGUUAUCUGAGGAACGCACGGCGAUGCCCUCUAUACCAGAGUCAUCAGGCGUACGAGGAAGGAGGGUUACUUACGAGGCAGAUGAUGAAGGUUCAAAGCGAAUCCAAGACCGGAACAGGCGAGGUGGCAGAUCAACAGAUGAACGUCAAUCCGGAGUUUAUAUCAAUGGUAAAAGGGUUUUGAACCUCAACCGCCACGAUAGAUCGAGGCGUCUUCCAACUAUAGACCACGACAACAUAUUUUCCGCACACUCACCACCAGUACCAGGCCCCCCUAACAAUACUCCAAGUUUGUAUCAUAAUGUUGGUAUCACUGCAAGUCGUGAGAGAAUUAUUCUUGCUGAGGAACCACCUUCUUCAAACCGUCGUCAGAGACCAAUCAUCAUUGAUGAGCGGCCUCGUUACAGGGUUGAAGGCAUUGAUGAUCCUGAUAUGGACGAUACUCGCACUACCAAAAGUGCGCCAGCACGGACCUCGGGCUAUAAAAAAGAAAAACAACAACGGCGUCGAGAAAGAGAAGCGCUGGAGGCGGAAGAGCGUCUACGCCAGCGAUUUGGUAAAGCAAAUGCCACUAUUUCCACACGACCAGCCGCUCCAGCUCCUCCAAAUCCAGAUAAGAGUUCUAAGACAAUCUAUCAAAGAUACUACAGUGAAGCUUCAGACGAAGAAGAGAGUCGUAACAGCACUGCUCAUCGGAUAGGCAUGUUAGAGGAAACAAAGGAACUGGAAGCCCAAAGAGAAAGGCUCAUGGAACGAAUUGCCGAGGCGAAUACAAUGAUAGCUUCACGACCAGCCGCUCCAGCUCCUUCAAACCUAGGCACAAGUACUCAUGAAUUCUAUGGAAGUAACUCUAGUCGAGAUUCAGUUGAAGAACUCUUAAGGUCAAAUCUCGAUGAAAGGCGCCGUAUUGCUAGGCAGGAGGAAGAAAAUGAAACAGUAGCCCAAAGACAGCGGCUUAGGGAGCGGUUUAUGUACGGGCGUCGGUCAACAAUUUCUGGUGGUAGUCGGAGACCACUAACGUAUGAUGAGGGUGUCUACCGCUACGACGACAACAAACCAGAUGACGACGUUGAAUCUUCUAAGCAGAAGAAGAAGGACGGAUAG